UUGACUAGUAGCUCCAUGUCAACCAAUUGACAGAUAACCUAAUUUAUGAAUAAUGAAAUGUUAUGGUUAUUAUUAUCUGUUCAUCUGUCUACAUAUCGACUACACAAUGUAAAUUAUUUAAAUUAUAUGUGACUCAUUAAGGUGCAAUUCUAAAAAAUAUAUUAGUAAUCUAUAUAAUAUAGUUGGAGAUGUCUGAACUCAAAACCAGUCGUGUACCACCGGCUUUACAACAGCUACUCAAAUAUGAUGCUUACGUAACUAAUGAGUUUUUAACUUGGAUAAACAAACUUAUUGUUGUUGAUACACUUACAACUUAUUGUAAAGCAUUAGAAAUAUCCUGUCAUGGAAUCCCAUGGUUUGCUUUUUGGAUUGCAUUUACGUGGUUAUUCAAUAACCCCAGCUUGGUGCAGUUACAAGUUAAUAUACUUCUAGGGCUCUUUAUUGAUAUCAUUAUGGUAGCUGUUGCCAAAGCCUAUUUCCGACGUAAAAGGCCACCAAGAAACAUCUAUGAUGACCCUAUUGCAAAUAUAAGCAUGGAUGUAUUCAGCUUUCCUUCAGGACAUGCCAGUAGAUCAGUUUUUGUAGCAUACUUCUUCACCUGGUUGUGGCCAGUUCAUUUCACUUUAAUACCUCUAUUUAUAGUUUGGAGUAUAGCAGUAUGCCUUAGUAGAAUUUUGAUGAAUAGGCAUUAUAUCAUGGAUAUAUUAGGAGGUGUCUUAUUGGGUAUUUUAAAUGGAUUGUUGAUUGAUUUACUCUGGGUGCAAGAUAGUACCGCCAGAUGGUUACUUAAUAUUGUUUCAGAUGAUAAGUUAGACGGUGGAGAGUACCAUGUUUGAAUUUGUUAACUAUAUUUGCACUAUAGAUAUUUUAAUUGUAAAACAAGCGAAUACGUCUUAACUUUGAUUAUCAAAGACACUUCUAAGUAAUCUGUACAUUUGAUUAUUUUCAUAAAUUAGUAGGUUUUUGUUAGUGUUUUAUAAAUAACCUGUUUAUCUCAAAUAUUUAAUUUUUAGUAUUAUACAAAUAUAAUUUUUUGCCGUUUUUUGAAGGUCACAAAUAAAAUGUUUUAAGUAGUUUAUAAAAGUGUGAUAAAAAUUUGUUAUCAAAUAUUUCAAUAAAUGUUCUUAUGUUUGA